AUGACAGCUUCUAACUCAGGAUCUUCGCAAUCCACUUCCGGCACAAGGCAUUCAAAGUCUAAAAGUAGCCGCGAAUUAGGAGGAAGCAAAUCAAGACGUUCGUCGCAUUCGCGCUCCAAAUCUCGUUCCAAGAAUGUGAAGUCUCCUGACAUUGAUGAUCUUGUUGUGGGACAAAGCCCUCAGUAUCAUCGUCGCAGCUCAAGCUCAAGCAAAAUUAGAAGCAGCAAGUCGGACGGUAAUCUUGCAGGCAGUAAACACUCCUCUCCUCACCGCCGGAGAUCUAGUCGAAAGUCCUUAAGGAGGAGCAAGACAUCAAGGAGGAUGUCUUCUAGCUCGCACUCGAAAGCCAAACAUGUUGUGUCGGACAACGACGAUGAAGACUUGUCGGAUGACGAUCUCGCAGUGGAAACCCCAGAGUUUUACCGAUCCGCGGAUAUCGACAAGGAAUCCAAGCGUAAAUCAGACCAUGGACUUCGAAAGAAACUGGAUCAAGAGGCAAAGGGACGAGCUCGAUCAUCACACCAUUCCAAUAAUGGCGGGUUACUAUCCGAUUCCGAUGAGGAAGAGGAUGAUGAUGAGGAUGCAGCAAUGAAAUUGGCUGGUGCGAGAUACAGUAUGAAAUCAGGCCCAGGAGCAGUUCUCUCAAACCACAUGGAACUUAUUCCGAAGAGUAUUCAAUCGGAAAACAAUCGAACGGAACUUUCCUCCACUUCCACUCAUAAAAAGAAAAGCAAACGAAAGCACAGAAGAUCUGACAGAUCCCAAGGGAGUACUUCUCAUUCCUCGGAUCGCACUCCUCUUGAGGCGAUAGCUGCCCCCGAUGAGGACGAAAUCGAAGCUGCUCUUCGGCGAGGGAGAUCGGAAGGUCAGAAGGUCUUUGUGGCUAGCCCUGCACCCAAGGGCGACCGUAAAAGCCGAAAAUACAUGUACAUGUUCGGCGCUUUUGUGGUGUUCGUGAUUGCGGCAGGAGUCAUUACAUGGAUGGUGGUAUCCAAAGACUCGGGCGAUACGAUCAUAUAUCUAACCUACGAUCCACCCACUGAAGAAGAUUGUCUAGCAAUCUCAAAGGGGAUGGAAACCGAAGACCAAGGGGGAUUGAUACUGAAAACCUUUGGAGUAGAAUUGGAACUUUUAUUGGACUCUACAGUCAACAUGGAUUUGCUUAGAGCAGAGCUUCAACUGAAAAUGCAGCGAGACGUUCUGCCUGGGAUUGCUGGGUGUGAGCUACGAGCUCCUAGCAUCAUCCAAAACAACAUUUUCAUUGUUGAGAACGCUGUGCUCAACUUUGUCUCCAUUGGCGAUCCUGCAGCAUGCAACAAGAGUUCUAAAAAUGUCUGUUCUUCUGUUGAUUUGGAGUUUGAUGUCAUUUCGAAAGAUGACGACGUGGAAAAAGAGGUUAUGUUGGACCUAAUAACGGAUAUGUUUGACAAUGAAGGACUGCUGCGACUACUAUUCUUGGCUUCGCGUGUUGAUGAUAUCCAUUUCAUCAGAGCGUUUGAAAUUGUUUCAUCCAAAGCUCCGAGUUCAAGUCCGUCUGUCCAAGAGGCCUGUGAUGCCAUUGCCAAUGGGACUCCUGUCAUGGCACAGCAAGAUCAAUUGAUAGUUGUAAAAGGAUACGACAUCUUGAUGGAUGUCACUUUAGAUUCUGAGACUGAAGAUCUAUCGCCUCUCACUAUGACACUGGAAGAAGAGGUUCAGCGCAUCCUCAUGCCCUUGUUGGCUGGCUGCACAAUUGAACGUAGGCGUCUGCAAACUGAAAGCUCUAUUGUCACUGCGUUGGUCGAUGCUGAAGUUGGCGCUGUGGCUACUUGUUUGCAUGAUUCGGAGACUCCUUGUUAUCGUUUUGUCAUACACCUUGACAUCUAUGUCCGAAGUACGGCUUCCUCAGCUGAAUUUUUGGAAGAGGUUAUGGACUUGUUCCGCGAAGCACCGUUGGUAGAGCGGUUGGGGUUGCUAUCACCGUUUGAGAGAAUUACUGUUGUGGAAAUUGGGUCCGACGCUGCUUCUGAAAGUCCAACUGUCCCACCAACCCGAUUACCAUCAAUGAAUCCAACAAGGGCGCCAGUGAUAUAUCCAUCUACAGACGAGCCCACGUGGGCGCGGACAACAGCACCAAGCUCAUCGAAAAUAACCGAAGCCCCUGUCAAUGCACUGACGAGGUCUCCAACACAAAGUCCUACAAAGAGGCCAACUUCUGUUCCGACACUACAACCUGUAGUUGGUCCGACGUUGGAGCCAACGCCAUUCCCAGCCCCUGCCCCAACUCCACCGCCUACACCACUAUCGUCGGCUGAUCCGUCAUCCGAACCUUCUAUAUCACCAACAAUUGAGCCGUCGUCCUCACCCUCAUAUACGCCCUCGCUGGUACCAUCGCUGGAAACAUCUGCUGUACCUUCCGCUCAAUCUUCUAUUCCAUGUUUUCAGGGCAACACUGAGCUUUCAGAUGCAGUUGCUGACUGGUUCGGGGGUUCCCAGGCAUCGGUUGAGGCCGAAUAUGGAUUGAUGGGUGAUUGGUGUUUUGAUGCAGGUGUGUCAAAUAUGUCAGAGCUAUUCAAGAAUAGGGGCACGUUCAAUGAAGACAUUUCGAAUUGGGACGUUUCGUCUGUAUCUAAUAUGAACCAAAUGUUCUACAAUGCAGCAUCAUUCAAUCAAGACAUAUCAUCAUGGGUUACCUCAUCUGUCCUUCGGAUGGAGUUUAUGUUCAGUGGUGCAACGGCCUUCAAUCAAGACAUAUCACCAUGGGAUGUUUCUUCUGUCACUGAUAUGAGGGCGAUGUUUGAGAAAGCAUCGUUCUUCAAUCAAGAUUUGUCGUCAUGGGAUGUAUCUUCCGUCACUGCCAUGCAGUUCAUGUUCUGUGAGGCAUCUGCUUUCAAUGGAGACAUCUCAUCAUGGGACGUUUCUUCUGUAACUAAUAUGCAGUCCAUGCUGCGAAGCGCACCAUUGUUCAAUCGAGACUUGCCAUUGUGGGAUGUCUCUUCGGUCACAAAUAUGCAAUUUAUGUUUUACCUUGCAACAUCCUUCAAUGGAGACAUGGCAUCAUGGGACGUGUCUUCUGUCACGGAUAUGAAACGAAUGUUUUCCUAUGCAGCAUCCUUCAAUCAAGACAUAUCAUCAUGGGUUGUUUCAUCGGUGACAACCAUGGAGCGGAUGUUUGAAAAUGCACUAGCUUUCAAUCAAGACUUGUCGUCAUGGGAUGUUUCAACGGUCACGACGAUGUUGAAUAUGUUUUCGGAGGCGUCAUCUUUCAAUGGAGGCAUGGCAUCAUGGGAUGUGUCUUCUGUCACGGAUAUGAGACAAAUGUUUUACUACGCAACAUCCUUCAAUCGAGACGUAUCGUCAUGGGAUGUCUCUUCCGUCACUACAAUGAAUCAAAUGUUUUCCUAUGCAACUUCAUUCAACCAAAACUUGUCGUCGUGGGUUGUUUCAUUGGUUACAGACAUGGAGCAGAUGUUUCAAAGUGCAGCAGCUUUCAAUCAAGAUUUGUCAUCAUGGGAUGUUUCAUCUGUCAGGACGAUGUAUAACAUGUUUUCGGAGGCGUCAUCCUUCAAUGGAGACAUGGCAUCUUGGGAUGUGUCUUCUGUCGUGGACAUGAGACGUAUGUUUUUCCAUGCAACAUCCUUCAAUCAAGAUGUGUCAUCAUGGGUUGUUUCAUCGGUCUCAGACAUGGAGCGGAUGUUUCAAAAUGCAAAAGCUUUCAAUCAAGACUUGUCAUCAUGGGAUGUUUCAUCUGUCACAACUAUGGAGCGGAUGUUUCAACAUGCAGCAGCUUUCAAUCAAGACUUGUCAUCAUGGGAUGUUUCAUCCGUCACGACGAUGGUGAGUAUGUUUCCGGGGGCGUCAUCCUUCAAUGGAGACAUGGCAUCAUGGGAUGUGUCUUCUGUCACGGACAUGGGACAAAUGUUUUACUACGCAACAUCCUUCAAUCAAGACAUUUCAUCAUGGGAUGUUUCUUCCGUCACUGCAAUGAAUCAAAUGUUCAACGGUGCAACUUCCUUCAACCAGAACUUGUCAUCAUGGGAUGUUUCUUCUGUCACUGAUAUGGGGCGAAUGUUCCUCAAUGCGAACGCGUUCAACCAGAAUCUUUGUCCAUGGGGGGCACGUCUUCCCAGUACAGUCGACACUGUCGACACAUUUUCAUUGACCAGCUGUCCUUCACCAGGUAGCCCAAACCUCUCGUCGAGUCCACCAGGACCACUGUGCUAUGUUUGUGUCUAA